GGGCUUGGGCUAAGAUGUCGUCGCUGGGAGGGGCCUCUAGAGAAGAGGCGGGGCUUAGGGUCAGGCCUGCGGGCGGCGGUCAGCGGAGCCCUCGGUCCGGGCGGCGGACAGCCGAGGACGACGGGGCGGCGCCGUGUCCUCCGCCAUGACAGAUCAGACCUACUGUGACCGGCUGGUACAGGACACUCCUUUCCUGACAGGACAGGGUCGCCUGAGUGAGCAACAAGUAGACAGGAUCAUCCUCCAGCUGAACCGUUACUACCCACAAAUCCUUACCAACAAGGAGGCUGAAAAGUUCCGGAACCCCAAGGCAUCCCUGCACAUACGGCUCUGUGACCUCCUGAGCCACCUACAGCAGCGUGGGGAACGGCACUGUCAGGAAUUUUACCGAGCACUGUACAUCCAUGCCCAGCCCCUGCACAGCCACCUGCCCAGCCGCUACACUCCUCACAACUCAGAUUGCAGAGAGCUGGACUGGGGCAUCGAGAGGCGUGAGCUGAGUGACAGGGGUAACGCCCCCCACCAUCUCCUUUCUUUUUCCCUUUUCCCUCAGGGCUCUGUCUGUGUCCCAAGGGCCUCUCCAUCCCACAUCGGGCUUUCUGUUAGGGGACAGGCCCCCUAUAGUGCUCACCAACUGGUUCAGGUCACUCAUAUUCCUUUCUUCCCAGGACCCAUGAGCUUCCUGGCAGGCCUGGGUCUGGCAGCGGGCCUGGCCCUCCUCCUCUACUGCUGUCCACCAGGUGAGUGUCGGCCACCUCCAAGCCCCUAAGGAGGUGAUGGGGGUCAGAGAGUGACAGCUCAUCAACAGAGCGCUCAGACAGCAGAGUUGAAAGUCAGAGAGCCCUGCCAUCUUGGAGUUACCUCCCCUGAUGAGAAGUGAUAUCACAGCCCCUACAAGCCCAACCCCACUGAGGCCUGAAGCUUGCAGCCAGCCUUGCCUGCUCUGCCUCCCCUGCUCUGUGAUGCCUGGGUUUGCCAUCUGGGACAGCCUUUGGGGAUAGGGUGGUGUGGGCUUGUACACUGAGGCCUGGGAGUUACCCAGGCAGGAGCUUCUGGGCUCUAGGGUCAGAGCCAAUUCUGAUCUUUGAACCCAAAUACAAAGACCACGUGUGAAUGGGAAGUAGAGGCAGGACUGUUCCCCUGCCUGCUUCAGUCCAGAGGCAUCCAGGGCAGAGCCCCUUUCAUGGCUGUCCCUUGGACCGCCACUCCUCCCCUUUGUCUUCCAGACCCUAAAGUGCUGCCCGGGACCCGUCGCGUCCUUGCCUUCUCCCCCGUCAUCAUUGACCGGCACGCCAGCCGCUACCUGUUGGCCUUCCUGGCAGAUGACUUCGGAGGACUUUGACGAUCACACACCCUGGGCCUUACCUGCUGUUUAACCAAAGAAUCCCCUGGCUGCCCACUGUGGGGCCCAUACUUCUUUUCUAAAUACUUAUUUUUCAUUAUUUAUGAUUUCUACGAGAACACAUCACCUUCACUGUAUAAGGUGCUUAAUAUUAAAUGCCAGGUGCAUCUGCC